AAACUAUAAGGGUAUAAUUGCAAAAAAAAAAACAGUCAAUCGGAUAGUUCAUAGCUCGCAACCUACUGGGCUUCUGAGCUUCUGCUUUCCCUUCGGAAUUUGCUGAUACAGUAAGAUCCCCAAGCUGUCCUACCCCAGGAAUGAUUGUGGCUGAAAGUGCCCAUGUAAGCUCAGAAAACAACUUAGCACCAGAAGCACUUUCAAUGGGUCGUUUAGCAAAUGGGGCGGCCGAGAAAAGUCUUCACAAACCAAACAACCAAGCUCAAUGUCAAGGCUCUAAUGGGAGAUGUGGAAGCUCGGGCUCUCACGGAACGAAAUCUAGACCGUGUCGUGAGGAAAAUUGUGGGGAAGGAGAUGUAGGAGUAUCUGGAAAAGAUGCACCAACUGAUGUUUUAAGUAAAAAGGCAGCAGAGCAAAUGGAAAUGACAUUAGAAGACAUGUACAACCAAGACCUCGAUGACGAGGAUGAUGAUAGCGAUUGGGAUCCCUUCCAACAGCAUGUAGAAGUAAUGAAAUGGUUCUGCACCAACUGUACAAUGCCCAAUCUUGGUGAUAUUGAUCAUUGUGAUGUAUGUCGAGAACAUAGAGAAUCUGGUAUCUUGAGGCAGGGGUGUUUCGCAUCUGCCUUUGAUUCAAGCCCCACUGAGACUAUGUCUGACACUAGAGAAAGACACAAAGGCUCCCAAGAUUCAGCGUCAAAGAGUUCCACUGCUGUAGGUUUCGAUGAGAGAAUGUUGCUACAUUCAGAAGUUCAAAUGAACUCACAUCCGCACCCAGAAAGACCAGAUCGUAUUCGAGCCAUUGCUGCUAGCCUUGCUACAGCUGGUAUAUUUCCAGGAAGGUGCCAUCCAAUUCCUGCUAGAGAAAUCACUCGCGAAGAACUUCAGAUGGUCCAUUCUUUGGAGCAUAUUGAAUCAGUUGACCAUACAGGCCAUAUGUUUUCAAGUUAUUUCACCCCUGACACAUAUGCCAAUGAACAUUCAGCACGUGCUGCUAGACUUGCAGCAGGUUUAUGUGCUGAUCUUGCUAAAGCAAUUGUUUCUGGACGUGCCAAAAAUGGUUUUGCCCUUGUUAGGCCUCCUGGUCAUCAUGCUGGUGUAAGACAGGCUAUGGGGUUUUGCCUCCACAAUAAUGCAGCAGUUGCUGCAUUAGCAGGUCAGGUUUCUGGUGCUAAGAAAGUGCUAAUCGUUGAUUGGGAUGUUCAUCACGGGAAUGGCACACAAGAAAUAUUUGAUCAGAACAAAUCGGUCUUGUAUAUAUCCUUACAUAGACAUGAAGGAGGGAAGUUUUAUCCUGGCACUGGAGCUGCUGACGAGGUUGGAACCAUGGGGGCUGAAGGAUACUGUGUGAACGUUCCAUGGAGUUGUGGUGGAGUUGGUGACAAUGAUUACAUAUAUGCAUUUCAGCAUGUUGUGCUUCCUAUAGCUUCUGAGUUUGCUCCCGAUUUCACCAUCAUAUCAGCAGGAUUUGAUGCAGCACGAGGUGAUCCACUGGGAUGCUGUGAUGUUACUCCUGCGGGCUAUGAAAAGAUGACACACAUGUUGUCUGACUUGUCUGGAGGAAAGAUGCUUGUUAUUCUUGAGGGCGGUUACAAUCUCCGUUCAAUAUCGUCUUCUGCUACUGCAGUAAUCAAGGUAUUGCUGGGUGAAAGUCCAGGAUGUGAAUUGGACACCACUUUACCUUCCAGAUCCGGCCUACAAACCGUUCUGGAGGUCCUUCAAAUUCAAAAUAAAUACUGGCCUGCUCUCGGAUCCAGCCUUACGAAAUUGCAGUCACAAAUGAAAACGUACUCUGUUCAAAACAAAAAAAAGCAAAUUAAAAAGAGCCGGCGGACUCUUGCACCAUUGUUUUGGAAAUGGGGAAGGAAAGCUCUAUUGUAUCAUCUUUUAAACGGGCAUUUCCAUGUAAACCGGAAGGAUUGGUGAUCGACCCUGCUGAUCGUAAGCACAUAUGCUUCCCCGUGUAGUUUGAUGCAUUUUUGUAAACAGCUAGCUCAGGAACGAUGUAUUGAUACCGCUUCCGUUCGCUUUUUUGCCAAGCGAUGAUGUUUUAAUCAUACAUUAUCAGAACUUAUGAAUUUCAAUUCGAGUACA